CUUCGAAUUACUCCGUACCUCACCAUAGGUAGUUAUGCAAGAGCCACAAACGGAAACUUCUCGGACAUAACUACCGGAUACCAUGGGUCUAUAAACUCUCACCAUAUCCCGCAAGGCCAAACGUUUCGCCUCUUCCACAACGACCAUAACAAAUUGCGUUGUUCAUCACCCUACGCAAAACACCCGUAUUGCCCAUGAUGGGUACCGCCGCCGUCCGCGAAGAGCUCCAGAAGUUCUACCAAAAUGCCAAAGCCGCGCAAGGCGGUGCAUUUGAGGAGAUGCUCCUCGAGAAUGCUCGCAACGUCAGCGCGCCCAUGGCAUUGCGGAUGCUGACCCAGAUGGGCUUCGAUAAGAAUACCAGCACCCCUAUCAAGCUACUGGAGAAUGCUUGUGGUGCGGGCGUUGUGGCGCCCAUGCUGCAGCAGAUUAUCAAGCCAGAGGUCUUGAAGCAGAGCAGCAUCCUCUGCGGAGACUUUUCUGAGCCCAUGGUUGAGCUGGUAAAGAAGAGGAUUGAGAGCGAAGGGUGGGUGAAUACCGAAGCGGUCAAGGUUGAUGCGCAGAACACUGGCCUUGCCGACGCUUCUUUUACCCAUGUCGCGACGAACAUCGGCUACCACGUCGUUCCCGACUCGGAAGCCGCGUUGAAUGAAUCAAUCCGCAUUUUGAAGCCCGGCGGCGUCCUCGGUUUCACCACGAUGCACAGAGAGCCUGGCUGGUUCCAUGAAGUGAGAGAAGCCUUCAAGUCAUUCCCGUUCGAGGCGCCCUUUGAGAUGCCGCUGCAGACUACAGCAUGGGGUCAGUGGUCGGAUGUGAACUGGAUUUACCGGACCCUUGUGGCCAAGGGCCUGCAGGAUGUCGAGGUGGACGUCUUCGCCUUUACGAGUCAAGUUGCCAGCGCCAAUUUCUUCAUGUCGGGCUUUGGCAUGGCGAUGGACUGGAUCCUGAACACGUGUUGGUCGGAGGAGUUGAGGAAAUCCCACCCGAAGGAGGAGGUGCGCGGGUUGGUCAAGGAGUUUCUGGAGAAGAAGUAUGGAGGUGAGGGAUGGAAGGUCAGUUGGGUUGUUGCUGUUGCCACUGGCCAAGUGCCGUCAGAUGGCUAGUGAUGAAGCUUGGAACUAAGACUUGCUGAAGUAUCCGUACGGAUGUACAGCUGCAAAAUCUUGCCUUUCGCACAACUGCAAUUGAUGACUUCAGC